GCACAUGAGCCGUGAGAGCCGGACCUGAGAGCGGCGCUCCGAGCGCCGGCACACCGCGGCACGGAGGACGCCGCCGGACACCGCGCAGGGGGAGGAAUUUAGGUGAUACAAUUUCACCGUAUCCUUGCAAUUGAACAUUAAAACGGCUACAGAAGAAACAAUUUCCUCAUCGAUGGAAGAUUCUCAGCGAUGCGUGGAACUGCUCUGGACUGCCAAGACAGAGCAGGCCUAUUUACAAGUGCUGGCGGAUGAAACCCACAAACAACUGAGAAUCAGGGAUGACGUCAUCAACACUCAGGAAGAUAAACUGCAACAGAAACAUUCCACUCCGUGGGCGGCGCCCGACGAGCUGCCCCAGCUGUGUCACCAGCUGGUGCCGGCCCACGAUUUCAUCAGCGCCGCGGUCACCGGUGUGGUCGCCCGGUGUCUGACCUUGCGGAUGGCCGAGUUGACCUCCGCCAAGGCCGCCGCCGCCGCCACCGACGACGACGACAAAGGCACAGACGGCGGCGGAGAGUCGGCCGAUACUGCGCCGCCGCGGUCCGGUCCAACGGCGCAGACGCCGGGCGGCCACGGCUGCUACUCGGUGACGCCAGAGGGUCCGACAGCGUCAGCCGGUCUGGUGACGACAGAGGGGCGCCCGACACGUGACGGUGAGUCGGCAGAGGCCCGGGGGAGCUCCCAAGACGCCGCGCUGGCAGCCGCCGCCGGGGUUCAGACGGAGGGCACAGCCGGGCCGCCGGCUCCGCCGCUGGUCUCUGUGGAGACUCAGACAGCAGCAGACACUCUGUCGGAGCAGCUGGCGCAGAUGGCGGAGGAGAGGGAGGAGCAGGCGCGGCUGGUACAUCACCAGACCGAGCUGCUGGCGCAGCUGCACAACCAGCUGGCGCGCUCAGCUGCCGAGAACGAGCGGCUGCAGCGGCACCUGCAGCUGGUGAACGCGCUGUUCGAACAGCUGCAACGCAAGGAGGCCGAGAGCGCCGCCGAGGGCGCACAGAGCCCGCCCCGGGACGACGCUGACGAGAUGGACGGAGCGGAGGAGGACGGCGGCGGCGGUGGCGGCGGAGCUGACCUGGUGGAGAGGGUAGACACGGCGCACGGCCGCCGAAUGGUGAUCCACGUCAGUCGCACCUACCUGCGGCUGCGAGACCUCAUCCUGGAGAAGCGCUCGCUGCUCAGCGAGAUCGACAAGCUGCGCGGCUUCAACCAGCAGCUGGAGCGCCGGCUCACCAAACAGGAGCGCCGCCUGUCGAACGUCGCCGCCGAACUGCACAGCACCUGGGGGCUGGUCACCAAGCUGAAAAUCCAGCACGCUCAGCUGCACACGGCCGAGUCAGUGCUGCGCUACGAGCUGCGCGAGAAACGCAAACUCAUGAGCCGGCUGCGGGGCGAGCUGGAGGGCUCUCGGCAGCGGUCUGUGCUCGCCAGCCAGCUGAACGCCGAGUCGGAGCUGGAGUGGCGUGCGCUGCGCAGGGAGCUGGACCAGAGGAAGAGGGAGAGGCUGGUGAGGCAGGCCCGGAUGGACAGUGCGGAGACGGGGAGCGAGCCGGCGGCCGCUGGGGAGGACGGGGAGUGCCUGCCCGGAGUCGGGCCCCUGCUGGAGCGGAGCGCCACAGACGACAGUCAGCAGGACGGAGAGUCCACAGAGUCUCUGGCCGAGCAGGAGGCAGCCGGCCUGGACACCUCCGUGGCCGAGUCAGAGUCGACCGAGUCCGAGUCGGCCGGGCGCAGGACGCCCGAGCCACAGCCGACCGACUCGGUGGACUCGGCGGCGGGCGCGGCUGGCCCGGUCGAGACCAGCUCGCAGCGGCGGCGCCGGCUGGUCAGCCUCGAGGACCAGUGCCAGCAGCUCUACACGCGGCUGGUGUCGACCACGGCCCGCCAGGUGGCGCUCAGCUCACGGCUGGCCGAGCUGCACGCCCAGCACGGCGCCAGCGAGGCCGAGACCACGCCCGAGACGUCGGUGGCCAGCAGCGAGGACACGGCCUAUGCCAGCCUGGCCGACACGCCGCCCACUCCCACCGAGGCCGAGCAGCUGCCCGCCGACCGGCCGGCCGCCGCGCCGCCGCUGGCCGCCGUAGCCGCCGUCACCGCCGUCACCGCCGAGGCCAUGCCGCCGGUGACAGUGGCGGCGCAGCGCGUGGCGGUGCAGACGGACGCCGGUCCGCGCUCGCUGCCGCCGCUGCCGGCCUCGCAGCUGGCCACCGAGACGGCGCACCGGGCCGGCGGCGCCCGGGCGCUCGUCUCCGCCGUGGUGGCGCUGAGAGAGACGCCGCCGGACGCGGCAGGGAGGGCGGCAGCCGGCGCAGAGGAGGAGUCUGAUACAGAGGGGCCCGACAACUCGCUGGACGAGGUUGCCGACGAGCCGGAGGAGGCACAGGACCCGGAGGGUGGCGGGGCGGCGGCCUGUGAGGACGAGGUGUCCCGCUCCACCGCCGACCUACUGGAGAAGGUCGGCCAGUUCCUGAGCCGGACGCGCCGCGGCAGCGUGCCCGGCCGACCCGCCGCGGCGCCGCCGCCGGCCGAACCGGCCUCGUCGGACUCGGAGACGGACGAGGCGGCCGAGGCGGACCGGCUCAGCGGCACCUCGGCCGGCUGCAAGCUGAUCAGCCUGCUGCCCAGCCGGAUGGUGCACCUCCGCAGGGAGCGCGAGCAGCUCACCGAGCACAUCGCCCGCCUGCAGGCGCAAAACGAGCGCAUCGAACAGAAGCUGGCGCGGAUGCGCACCGAGCGCCGGGAGCAGCGGCGCCGCGGCCGAGAGGACAGCACGGCGAAGGAGCACCUGGAGAGGCGGGUCCAGCAGCUGGAGCGACAGCUCAGACUGCAGCUGGCUGAGAAAUACGCUGUGACCGCACCCCCGCCUACCGAGCCUGACCGGCAGCCGUCCAGCAGCAGCAGUGCCCAGCAGGAGGGUGGGAGUCUCACCGACGCGACAGAACCCGGGGAGCCCGGAGAGCUGCUCGACAACUUCCCGGCGCUCCAGCCUACCGACCAGCCUGAUGCUGGGUCCGUAGACCUGCACCGGGCGGCAGACGGACUACUGGAAAACUCAUCACAGCAGGGCUCAUCCACACUUCUCAGCAGCCCCACGGCAGAGAUACCCGGUCCCGGAGCCUCGUUUAUGCUUCUGCAGCCCGAUCUUCAGCAUGCACAUCACACGUCACUAGAACAGAGCACUUCCAUAAUUCAUCAACCCGAAGCUACCGAGAUGGCUGCCGAUGCGCAGCGACCGACGGAACGUCAGCAGGAGGCUGGGUCCCAGGUACAGGAGGAUGAAGCCACUCCUCAGACUCAGCCGAGUCCUUCUCAGGUCAACAUUACAUCCCAAAGUCAUUCCGAUAGGGAAGCUCAGGUAGUCGUGUGUGAAGAAACAGUUCUCCGCGAAUUACGAACUGAUACUGCCAGUCAGAGCUGUGACUCAACAGAGCCCCGCCGGGGACGAGAUGACGUCGCCACACAGACUGAUGACGUAUCUGAACCAGUCGCCAUCACCGCCUGUAUCAGUACGGUCACCGAGAGCACCGUCACAUCACCGGUCACACUCGACUCUCAGACGACCACGGGAUCUGCGCCGCGUCUGCCGCCCGCUGGGAGCCCUGUCACCGAGUCAGGAUCUGCGCCGCGUCUGCCGCCCGCUGGGGACUCGACCACCGGGUCAGGAUCUGAGCCGCGUCUGCCGCCCGCUGAGAACUCGACCACAGAGUCAGGAUCUGCGCCGCGUCUGCCGCCCGCUGGGAGUCCUGUCACCGAGACAGAGCCUGAGCCGCGUCUGCCGCCCGCUGAGAACUCGACCACCGGGUCAGGAUCUGAGCCGCGUCUGCCGCCCGCUGGGAGCCAUGUCACCGAGUCAGGAUCUGAGCCGCGUCUGCCGCCCGCUGGGAGCCGUGUCACCGAGACAGAGCCUGAGCCGGCCGCUGGGGACUCGACAGACCGUCAGUCGCCUAAGGGCUUCCUAGGACCCGCGGCGGGCGGCGCUGACAGUCCCCCAGCGGCGGGCGGCGCUGACAGUCCCCCAGCGGCGGGCGGCGCUGGCCACCGACCGCCGGACCAGCCGCUGGCCCAGCUUCACAAACAGCUGGCUGACGCCAGGGGACAGCUGCGCUCCGUCCAGGACGACUGCCGCCGGGCCAGGCAUGCGCUACAGCAGAUGCGUGCACCCUCGGAGUACGGAGGUGCCGCUGAAGUGGCGACUGCCUCUGGUCAGGAAACAGCAGCAGUUUGCCAGAGCGGCUCGGCGGCCCCUACCGCUGUCAUCGCCCAGAAUAGCUGUCUGUGUUCCACACCGCGCGUCACCUACGGCGAGUUCAGACGACGUCUAAGUGAACGACUACACAACCGUCCUGCCGCAACGCGCACAAUUCGUCAGAAGUCUGGCUCUAUCUUCAAGCGGUCCGUCAAGUGCUACAUGUGCCAGAGCGCCCUGCGACCGCUGCUGGCCCGGCGCGUCACCUGCCGCGCCUGUGGCCAGCUCUUCUGCCGACGCUGCGCGUGCCUGGCCGUCCGCCUGCCCGCCACCGGGGAAAUGCGGUUUUGCGUUCACUGUUUCUACGACUUAUCGGCAAGCAUGUCUUCGCUGCAUCCCGACAAAACAAAUCACGAAACGUCCAGGACAACGGGCGGCGAGUCUGUCGAUAGCGAGGGCGGCCGAGCCGGCGGCCAGCGCACCUGACGUUCGACAGACACCUUCGGACCCUGGGCUCGCUUCUUUUGUAUAAUUUCGAGCGUCAGUCACGAGACGCACCGCUGGCGGUGACUAUGUGCCGCUCUGCUAACUGCCGUGACAGCAGGCCGCUGUGACCCACCUACCGGUGGAUUGGUGUCCAGAUUGAUAGCCCACCAGCUCAUAUCGCUCCCAACUGCCAGCGCCACUGCCCCAACUCGUGGUGUUUCUCAGAGGAAACUGGCGAGUGGAGAUCAUCACAAACAGUUGACACAAAGCCGCUAAAACGAAACUGUAUGUAGAAUUAGAUACGUCGCGAGGUUCUCAAUGUUUGCUAGCAAAUUAGCCAAAGGGAACGACUUCUUCAACAUGCAUGCACAAGAGAUCAUUAAUGGAAUUACUACGAGACCAUCCUUUACUGGUAGAUCCGCCACGACAAAACAGCUGACCUCUAUGUACAGUCGUAGCUUAAUCAAAUACCGUCUGGCCGGCAGUCACAUUCAGCCCAGUUAUAAUCAGAGUCUCUAAAGCGUUACUUUAAACUAGACUUACGAUUGCCAGAAAAGGUGGCAACAGGAAAACGGUACAAUUAAAACUUCUGCCUACUUCAUCUAUCUCAGACGCUUGUCUUCAUAGCUGGCACGGAUCCAGAGAACAGUUUUAAUCAUCGUUUUUACUGGCAAGCAUAUCACAUACAGAGCUUUCGUUGCCAUUUUUGAGCGUUCUUACAGAAGCAGUCAUAGGUCAAAGCGUGCUUACUUCAGUGGGCUUCUUGAAGGCCAUUGUCAAUGAAGCGUCAUGCAGAAAGUCGCGCCCCGAUGAGAUGUCUGUCGUAUAGCGUAUAGUGUAUCGCGUGAAGGUGGUUUGGACUUUGGAGCGCCCGAUUUGUGUUCAGCCGUGGCGUACUGUGCUUUACAACAGCUCGUGCAACUGCACUCGUGUCAUUUUGUGCUGUGGGUUGACAUCGAGCACACCGUUAUCGUAUCCACUGUUUCUGCGUCGGAGAGUUUAGUCUGUACUAAAUCCUGUCACCCAUUGUUCGCAGUGCAACGUGUAUUUCCCCGUGUAUUGUUUUGCAAUAAAUAAAAAUGCAUUAUGUUGU